CGAGCGGGCGGGCAGGUGUGAGCGGCACCGGCCGGGGGGGACCGGCACCGCGGGGUCGGGGGGUCUCCGGUCGGGACCGGUUCCGACCGGUUCGGGCCGGUUCCCCUCCCUCCCCGCCCGGCGCGGCGCGAUGAGCGCGGAGCUGGACGGCGUGUCGGUGCACUCCUCCUCCUCCUCCUCGGGUUCGCUGGGGUCGGUGGCGGCGGCGGUGGGGCCGGUCCCGGUGCCGGUGCCCCGGCCGCUGUCGGCUAACGUGAGGCGGCUGCACCAAGCGUUGACGGCGCUGCUGAGCGAGUCGGAACGGGAGCGCUUCAUCCUCUGCCUCAACGCCUACCACGGCCGCCGCAACGUCUGCGACCUCGUCCGCUCCCUCCGAGCCCUCCUCGACGGGCCCCGCCGCCGCCAGCUCCUGCCGCUCCUCCGCCUCGUCCUGCCCCGCUCUGACCAGCUCCUCUUCGACCAGUACACCGCCGAGGGGUCCUACCUGCCCCCUCCGCCCCCCCUCCUCCCUCCGGCCCCCGCCCCGCCGCCGGUGGUCCCCGGGGAGCUGCGGCAGGUGACCCUCCGGCGGAGCAAAGCCCACGAGGGGCUGGGCUUCAGCAUCCGCGGCGGGGCCGAGCACGGCGUGGGGAUCUACGUCUCCUUGGUGGAACCGGGCUCCCUGGCCGAACGGGAGGGGCUGAGGGUCGGCGAUCAGAUCCUGGGUGUCAACGGCAAGUCCUUGGACAGGGUGACCCACGCCGAGGCUGUCAAGGUACUGAAAGGCUGCAAGAAGCUGAACCUGUCUGUGCAUUCGGUGGGGCGCAUCCCGGGGGGGUAUGUCACCAACCACAUCUACACCUGGGUGGACCCUCAGGGCCGCAGUGUGUCCCCUCCGACGGGCCUGCCACACCACCAGAACAGCUCCCUCCGCAAGGACAGCGAGAAGAGGAGCCACCUCCAGCUCCUGCAAGAGGGAGAUGAGAAAAAGGUAAAUCUGGUCCUGAAUGAAGGGAAGUCCCUGGGCCUCAUGAUCCGAGGAGGGGCAGAAUAUUCCCUGGGCAUCUACAUCACUGGUGUGGAUAAAGGUUCUGAAGCAGAGAGCACUGGCUUGAAGGUCGGAGACCAGAUCCUGGAGGUGAACGGCAGGAGCUUCCUCAGCAUCCCCCAUGACGAGGCGGUGAAGCUCCUCAAGUCUUCCCGCCACCUCAUCAUGACGGUGAAGGACAUCGGGAGGCUGCCCCAUGCCCGCACCACCGUGGAUGAGACCAGGUGGAUAGCGAGCUCCCAGAUCGGAGACACCCUCGUCAACUCCCCAGGGGCAGUGGGCAACCAUGCUGCGGAGGCCACAGCCAGGCCCGUGUUUUACCGGGGCCUGGCCGGCUCGCAGGUGACACUGAGCACCAUGGUGAACCAGACCCGGGUCAUGCUGGAGGAACAGGCACGGCACCUGCUGAACGAACAGGAGCGGGCGACCAUGGGCUACUAUCUUGAUGAGUAUAAGGAAGGCAACAUCUCCGUGGACGCUCUGGUCAUGGCGCUCUUCGAGCUUCUCAACACACAUGCUAAGUUCUCACUGCUUUCAGAGGUGCGGGGCGUCAUCUCCCCGCAAGACCUCGACCGCUUCGACAACCUGGUGCUGAAGAGAGAGAUCGAGUCCAUGAAGGCCCGACAGCCCUCGGGGCCUGGCGUCGGCACCGACUCCUACUCUAUGAUGUCCUACAGCGACACCGUCUCCUCCUCCAGCAGUCACUUCACCGCCACCACCGUCAGCUCGGCCCGGGAGCGACUCCUGUGGCUGAUAGACCUGAUGGAGAACACCUCAGAGUUGGAGGGAGGUGGAGAUGGCCACCAAAGUAGCAUCAACACCCUGCCGGACAUCUCCCUGGAUGAUCUCUCCUCCUUCCCGGAUGAACCACCCAACUUCAAGCCCCCACCUCCUCCUUCAGCCCCUCAGAUGCUGGACCCCUCUGCUGCCCAGCACAGGAACCCAGGGAAAGACAAGCCCAAGCGCCCUUCCUCUGAGUCCUCUCAGUCAGGCCUCUUCUUUGUGGCCCCCCGAAACCCCACGCCCCCUCUUAGCCACCCCGAGAAGGACACGGUCAGCGUGACCUCCACGGCCUCCACAUCCACCGAGGAGUCUGCCCCAAGUGCUAUCUAUGCUACCAUUUCCCCAGCCCUGCACAGCUCCAGGAGGCAAAUGGAUGCUCAGCUCUCCUUGGUCAACCAACACCCCAUCGGCCCCUUCCCCAGGGUCCAGUCCCCAACCAGGUUGAAGAGCCCAUCCCCAGAAGGCCCUGCAGCUGGUGGGCUUCAGAGCCCUCCUUCCCCGUCCCCUCCUCCUCCCCCGUCCCAUCCGGCACCCCCUCCACCGGACAAGGGCAGCCCCCAGGCCAUGGCCAACCAGCAUUUCAUCAUGGUGGAGGUGCACCAACCCAACAGCGAGCCCGACGUCAACGAAGUCAGGCCCUUGCCCCAGGCCAGAGCCUCCACGCUCUCCCAGCUGUCGGACAGCGGGCAGACCCUCAGCGAGGACAGCGGGGUGGACAUCGGGGAGGUGGAGACGAGCGGCAAGGACAAGAGCCGGCAGCCGGGCCCUGGGAAAGGCCGAAGCCUCAAGGAGGCCACGAGGAGCGAGGGGGUGGCAGAAGGGGCUUCCAAGCCGCCAGGGCUCCUGGAGCCCACCUCCUGCCUGAUCCGAGUGUCCAAGAGCGCGCCCACCUUGGGGAUCGCCAUCGAGGGGGGAGCCAACACGCGGCAGCCGCUGCCCCGCAUCGUCACCAUCCAGCGUGGUGGUUCGGCCCACAACUGCGGGAAGCUGAAGGUGGGUCACGUCAUUUUGGAGGGGAACGGGACGGGGCUGCGGGGGAAGGAGCAUCGGGAGGCCGCCCGCAUCAUCGCCGAGGCCUUUAAGCUGAAGGAGAAGGACUACAUCGAUUUUUUGGUGACAGAAUUCAACGUCGCCCUUUAGGGUGCCCCCUCCAUCAGGGUGGGGUGGUGUUUUUUUGGGGAGAAACGUGGCUUGGAAGAGGGAUGAAAGGCAGCGUUGAGGUGUGAAAGCGACGUCCCACCAGGCAGGACCCUCGCCCGCUGCACGUAAAGACACCCCCAUCCAUCCCCAUCUCGUCCCCAAAUGUCCCCUCGCCCACCCGCAGACUCUGGGCAGGCUGAGAACGGGCAGAACUCAGCACACGUCCCUUCAAAGUCUUCAUCCCUCUCCUCUUUGGGGGUGGGAGCUGCUCUUUGGGGACACCCUCUCCCCCCUCGGCCUGGUUGGGGAGCGGGGAGGGAGGACAGCAGAGGUGUGGGUGUCCCCGCUGUCACUUUGAGUGCCACACGCAGAGCAAGGUGGCCCCGUGGCUCAGGUUUGGAGGGGUUUUUUUUUUUGGGUGGUUGCUGCCCCCCCCUCGGGUGCUGGUCCCCGUACCCAGGGGGGUGGCUGAGGGAUCCACGGGUGGGGGAUGCUGAGAGAGGAACUGGAGGCCUUGUAAAUCGCUGGCAAAGUCGUCGUAUUUAUAUAUACAGAGCUUGUGCUUUUAAUUUUUCAAUAAAUCUAUCCGGUUAGAAAAAGGC